UCUGGCCCAUUCUCGCUGCCGAGCGCCGCCACCCUCUCUCUUCCUCCUCGCGCGAGCGCCGCCACCGCCCUUCGAUUCUCUCGGUCCCGACCCUUUCUCCUCCCACCACCCCGCCGACGGAUUCCGCCGGCCCUUCAGCUCCGCUUCUCAUCUCCUCCUAAACCUUCCCCAAUCCGUAACCCUACCUCGCCCUAACAAGUGAGCCCGUGGCCGCCGCCGCGCUUGAUGAUUCCGGCGGCAUCAGUGGUGGAGAACUGCUACGUGUUCAAGAGCCGGCUGCAGGAGUACGCGCAGAAGGCCGGCCUGCCGACGCCCGAGUACCAGACCCUCAAGGAGGGCCCGUCCCACGAGCCCGUCUUCAAGUCCGCCGUGCUGGUCGAUGGCGUCAGCUAUGACUCGCUGCCUGGAUUCUUCAGCCGCAAGGCGGCCGAGCAGUCCGCCGCCGAGGUCGCCCUCAUGGAGAUCGCCAAGUCCCUGGCGCUGCCCACCAGCGCCACCAUCCCGGCAGUGCAAGAAACUGGUCUGUGCAAGAAUCUUCUUCAGGAGUAUGCUCAGAAGAUGAAUUACGCUAUUCCAUCCUAUAUUUCCCACAGACAAGCUUCAGGAGUAGCUCCUUUCAUAUCCACUGUAGAGAUUGGUGGAAUACAAUACAUUGGUGCUGCAGCUCGGACAAAGAAAGAGGCUGAGAUAAAAGCUGCCCGAACUGCUCUUCUUGCAAUCCAAGGUCAAUCAGAUGGUUCUGCAAAUGGUGCCUCCAAAUAUAUUGUUGUUCCUGGCAAAAGAAAGGAGACAGAGAAAAAGCCAAUUGAAACUCCAAAGCCUCUUAAGGUCAAGAAAGGUGGUUUCAAGAAGCAACGGAACAAGAGGAAAUUCAACAAGAAGAAUGGCAAAGCGGCUAAUGUGGAAAAGGAUGAAAACAGAGUGCCUGGAGAUGCUUGUGAUUCUGAUGUGCCCAUGCAGCCAGCAAUAGCAACGCAAGAUCCGUCCGGCGACACUGUAAUGUUGCAACCUGAUCAAGAAGCUAGAAAUGUAGAACAUGAGCUACCGAGUGACGCAGCAAUGUUGCAGCCUGACAAGGAUGCUGGAAGAGGAGACCAUGAGCCACCCAGUGACACUGCAAUGGCACAAGAUAACGAGGAAUCUGGUAUAAAGCAGGAGCCACCGAGUGACACUGUAAUGCCUCAACCUGAUACGGAAGUUAGAGGAGUAGGAUCACCGACUGACACUUCAAUGGUGCAACCCAAUGAGGAAGCUAGAAGGGUAAAGCAGGAGCCGCUCAUUGAGACUGCAGUGUCUCUGCCUAACAAAGAAGCUAGCACAGUGAAGCAUGCAUCACUGAACGAUUCCGCAACAGUUCAACCUAAUGCAGAAGCUACAAACGUAAAGGAGGAGCCACUGAGCAACCCUGCAAUGAUGGAACACAAUGAAGGAGCUACAACUGUAAACCAGGAGCCACCCAGCGAUGCUUCAUUGCUGCAACCAAAGAAUGAACCUAGAGUCGAGGGCUGUGAAUCUGCGUACGAACACAAGGACGUAACUCCUGAAGAUGCAUUGCUUGAAGCAAAUUAAGUUGUCUGGGGAUAUGACAAGGAUGGGUUCAGAUCAUUCCUCCACCUUCAGCGCAGAAUAAACUCCGGUGGCUGAAUCAAAAUGCCAAUGUCCUUCCAGUUUUAUGUCUUCAAUUGCAAAGUAGUAAAACCUGAAUAGUGGCUUUGCAUUUUAUAAAAGUUUGUAAAACUGAUGGAAGUAUGUGGACCGAUGAUUCGUCCAUGUUUGCCGUUAGUUAUUAGAAAACAUAUGCCUGAUAGUAUGUUCUUGGAAUCUUGGACCCAUGUAUCUCCUCAAGUUGCUUGAUCUAAUCAACGAAUAACCACUGUUUGUUCUUAGCA